AACCCAAGGCUGCUACAGCAAUUACACUUCCUCAAGUAAGAGGAAGGAAUCCCAUGGACAGCGUGAGACAUUCUCCUUUCACCAUACUGAGGAUUCCCUUUUCAGCAGAGAUCAGCGCAGCAAGCAUUUUGUCUUCCAGCCUCCUAGAAAGACAAUCUGAUCUGGUGUAUUUCUUGUUCAUAGACGACAAAUAACAGAGACGAAGAGGAGGGGCAGGAUGGAUGCUGUGGGGAACGUAACGCCCACACAAUUCCUUCUUCCAAAGCACAUAUUGGAUGUAUGGAUCAUUGUCCUGAUCAUCCUGGUCACCAUUGUAAUCAUGACCUCCUUAGUAUUGUGCCCAGCAACGGCUGUGAUUAUUUACAGAGUCCGGACACACCCUAUACACAAUGCAGUUGUGUGAGACUUGUUUUCCUAUCACUGUGUGACUUCUUGUAAGAAACAUGGGGCUAAAGGGCAAUAGUCUACAGGCUGCCUCGGAUAUGAUGCAGAGUGCAGAAGACACAGCAGGAGAACACCAGCCAAGGCAUGGCGACAACACCCAGACUUCAGUCAUGAGCUGAGAAUGUUGCAUGUCACAAGAAGCGCUGCCAAAGCCUGCUUAUCCAUUCAAGCUGCAGCUCUUCAGUUUUAAAUCCAGGACUUUUAUCUCCAAUUGGGAAAUCCUCUGAUGGCUCAGGAUUCAAAAUUUCCUGUUUUGGUUUCUUGCUGUCUAUUAAUCAAAAUGCUUUCUGUGUGUGCGUGUGCGUGUGCGUGUGUGUGUGUGUGUGUGUGUGUGUGUGUGUGCUGACUGAGAAAAUUUAUCUAAAAGCAAAGAAGAUGCCAAAAUGUCUAAUAAUAAAGCCCUUCAAAUGGUUUCCAGAUGCAACUGCAUUGUAAGCACCACCUGCUUUAACUACCCAGUUAAAUGCUAUUUUUUUUCUGUAAGAAGUGAAUAGGAGCCUGUGGCUGCUUGUAUCGGCAGGGACCCAUCUGAUUCUUUCCUAUAGGAUCUUUCAGGGUAUUACAGCAGCUGACAAAGGGAUAAGAAGGGGAAAUGAGAUCUGAUCAAAGCAAUUUGCAGCCAGAGGUGUAGCUUAGGAGAUGCAAUGAGAAAAUGAAAGUAGAAGUGAUUCUAUUUUGCAGCUGAUUUGGUGAAAUGGUGUGCAUCUAGUAGAAGUAAGAGUAGAGCAGGAGAGUUCUAAUAAAGGACAAUUGAGAUAAUCUUGCUGUGUCGAUACUAUAUGCUGUGAUUACUUGGAUCUGAUUAAGGAAUUCUUAUAGCUUUGGGAUUUCUGGAAUAUGACACUGAUGAUGCUGUACAUCCCUUCUGUUAGGAAUUUGCCCUUUCUAGUAAUUUGUAGUUAUUAGAAGUAUUAUUUCAUUUUCUAUGGAAGGACUGAUAAAUAUCUAUAUUAGCAUGUAUUAUUUGCUUCACUGUCUUGUAUGAUUCCUUCUCUUUUAUGGUUACUAUUGGCCUCAUCAUUAGGAGGAAAGAGUAUCCAGAUCUGAUUACUCUUCUUUCUCUGCAUACAGUAAAACUGCCACUCCUGCUUUUCAGGUUUUAAAUAGGAGACCAUGGCUGAUUAUCUAUGUUAACUUUGGGAUGGGACUAGCACUCAGGCAGCAAGUGGGCAGCUGGCCGUGGGAGGGCUGAGAGGGUGCCCAUCCAGUCUGCUGCCCGAAGUGCUCCUCAUUAUACAGUUUGCCUUGUAUAAUUUUAAUAUCUACUUAGCAGGGAACAUUCAGCAGGUAUUUUGAUGAUAGUGUUGCAUUGAUAGUGGCUUUAUAUCUGCCAAACUUUCCUCUGCCAUUUAGCUACAGAAAGCCAGGUAUCAGUGCCUAGACACACAGAAACAUCACCCAUUCUUACUUCAGAUGCAGCUUUGCUUAAAAUGUUCUCCUUUUUUCCAGAUUAGGAUCUUUAUUUCUAUAACAGCAUAGUUAUGUGUUAAAGGAAAAGAAGGGGAAGUGGUAUACGUGAAAGAGAAGUGAAUGUAUCAGUAGAAAUGAUCAGAUAUUAAACUGUGAUGCUGUAUAAGCCUGUGGAAUAAACUGACAUUGUUAUAUCUUUGUGCA